UCUCACAACGGGCCGGCAUGUCGCGCUACGGCUCUGUGGAGUUGAAGACCAACUUCCUGGGAGCGCAUAAGACGCUGGGACUGAGUUCAAAGAGCCAGACCACCUACCAAAGCCACUACGCACAGCCCAUGCGACCGCCCAAACGUGUGGCCUUUGAACGAAGCUUGUCGCGCUCCGGGCUACGCCUGGUGGAGAAUUCAUCGCCGAGUGCUCGUGAACCGAAGAUGAUUUCACCCUUUGAUAAACCCGCCUAUCGUCGACAUGGAUGGACUUCGCAGGAAGCCCCAGUGGUCCAUGGAGCCCUGGAAGGUUCACCAGAAGAGCUGGUAGCAACAGGUCAGAUCUCCGUCCAGGAGUAUCGCGCACGGAUUCUGGCUGAGAUGGCGCCCAAGGAUAGUAGUCAGGGAAGUUUCACAUAUGUAAACUGAUGGUGACAACUUGGCAUCGACAGUUGAGCAGUGCCCAAGUUGCCC